UUCAAAUUUGGCUCCAAUUAUUUAAUUUGAAUGUUUGUUAAAUAAGUUGUUGAGUUCAAUAUAUAAAUAGGUCCUAAGAAUCCUUUUAAGGCAAUAAAAAAAAAUUAAAAAUCACUAGUACAUGUAUAGUAUAGUUUUUACAAUUUGUCAAUUCAUGCAAUCCCAUUUCUCAAACAAGAUUUCUAUUUCUUUAGGCAUGGGUGUCGUUGAUUCAUGUUCUAUGGUCCUAUUAACAAUGAUCACCGUGUGGUUGUUGUUUACACCUUGCCUUGCCGGGGAUGGUAAGGCCGUAACACCAUCCACAACCCUUGUAAUCGCCUCCAAUUGCUCGGACAAAUGUGGAAAUAUUAGCAUUCCAUACCCAUUUGGUAUCGAAGAUGGUUGUUACUUAGAACAACCCGAUAUUACACCUUUUUCUUCCUUUAAAAUCAAUUGUAGUAAUCAUAAUAAUACCCUUCCUACAAUUUUUGGUACCAACUUUGAAAUACUAAACAUUUCAGUAAAAGAGGGUGAUUUUCAUUCUAAAUUACCAGUUUCUUAUGAUUGUUACAACCAAAGCGGGUAUGUAAAUAGUUGGAUGACUUGGUUUAACCUUGUAACGUUUACCUUAUCUAGCACGAAAAACAUAUUAGUUGCUAUAGGGUGUGACACUUAUGCCACAUUUUCGGGUGUUAGAGGUGACAAGGAAUAUGGAACAGGAUGCAUGACUAAAUGUGUUGAGCCGGAGGAUGUGAUAGACGGCGAAUGUACCGGUGUUGGUUGUUGUCAAGCCUCUAUUCCCGGUGGAAUUAACAACGUUACGGUGUAUUUAGACAGUUUUAACAACCAUAGUUCGGUGUAUAGUUUUAACCCGUGUAAUGUUGCAUUUCCGGUUGCAAAAGAUGUGUUUACGUUUAAUAGAAGAUAUUUAAGUCAUGAUAUGGAGUACUACCAAGGCUUGGCCCUUCCUGUAGUGUACAAUUGGGCUAUUGGACGUAACAAUUGUUCAGUGGCAAAAGCAAAUGGGACCUGCAUGUGUAAAGAGAACGCGGAUUGUUAUGAUCCGGUUCAUGAAUUGGGAUAUCGUUGUAACUGCAAAGAUGGUUAUUCUGGUAACCCUUAUCUUCCACGAGGAUGCUUAGACAUAAAUGAAUGUGAAGGGGCAAAUGAGUGUGAGAAAAUGGAAUAUUGCAGAAACACAAUUGGAGGGUAUUAUUGUAAAUGUCCUAAAGGCUACCACGGCAAUGGGACUACAACUGAUCGUUGCAUUCCUCAUGCAAAGCCUAAGCCUUGGCUCACUCCUGUCUUGGUCACUGCAGGUAUUGGUGGUGGUGCCGUAAUUUUGCUUGUGAUUGGAUUUAUCUUGCACUGGAAACAUGGGAAAACACAACUCAAAAAUAUGCGAGAAAGUUAUUUUCGACAAAAUGGUGGUUUGCUCCUACAUAGUAAACUCUCUGGACAAGAUGUUGAUAUACUGAAAAUAUUUUCUAUGCAAGAUCUAGAAAUUGCAACCGAUAAUUAUAGCGACGAAAAUAUAAUUGGAAGAGGAGGUUUCGGCAUUGUUUACAAGGGAGUUUUGCCAAAUAAUCAAGUUGUUGCAAUAAAAAAAUCUCUCAAGGUGGAUCCGAACCAAGUUGAGCAAUUCGUUAAUGAGGUUCUUGUUCUAUCACAAAUCAACAACAAAAAUGUGGUCAAGUUACUAGGUUGUUGUCUUGAAAGCGAAGCACCACUAUUGGUGUACGAGUUCAUCAAUAAUGGGACGUUAUAUGAUCAUUUAGACGAUCCAAUCAAAGCAUCCUUAAUGAAAUGGCAUGUGCGCUUAAAUAUAGCAUCUGAAGUUGCCGAUGUGCUAUCAUAUCUACACAAUACAAUCUCAACACCAAUAAUUCAUAGAGAUAUGAAGUCGAUGAAUAUACUCGUAGAUGAAAGGUACACUGCUAAAGUAUCAGACUUUGGAGCUUCAAGGUUGGUUCCAUCAGACCAAGACCAGUUGGCAACAAUGGUGCUAGGAACAUGGGGGUAUUUGGAUCCCGAAUAUAUGCAAACAAGUGAACUAACUCAAAAAAGUGAUGUUUAUAGUUUUGGUGUUGUUUUGUUGGAGCUAUUGACUAGGAAAAAGGUAGUAUCUAAUGAUAGACCCGAAACUGAAAGAGGCCUCGCUAUGCACUUCAUACUGAAGAUGAAAGAAGGCCGAUUGUUAGACAUACUUGACAAAUACAUAGUGAGCGAGGAAACAGUUGAAGAAAUACAAAAAGUAGCCAUUUUAGCUAAAUGGUGUUUAAUGUUAAAAGGAGAGGAAAGGCCUACGAUGAAGGAGGUUGCACUGGAACUCGAAACAAUAAAAAGAAAAGGAUCGCAUCCAUGGAGUAACAAUGCAUUGCUUCAAGAAGGCGAUUGUGAAUUUUUGCUCGGGGAACUUUCAAGAUCAGAUUAUGGCGAAUGUAGCAUUGGUUAUGACUCAAGUACAUAUGAUUCACGCAUGGUUUCAUCUUUGGGUGGUGGAAGGUAACCGCAGUUGUAUGGUUGCCAACUUAUCUGUACAAUGUUAACUGAAGUUUAUUUAUUUAUUUAUUUUGACGAGAUAUUGUAAGUUGUACUAAAUCAAAUUCAAUUUUUUUUUCAUGCAUAAUUUGUCUAAAUUGCGUAUCUAUUAAUCUAGAUCUCACUCAU